CGCUGUCAUCACUGUCGCAACCCGAGGAGCUGCUGGUGAAUCUGUAAACGCAGGAUUCACUCAGAGCAAAAGCCAAAGUUUGGAGCGGGAUUUGCGCGACAAGCCAUGGCCGACGAGGAGAACCUACCGCAGGGCUGGGAGAAGAGGAUGAGCCGCAGUUCGGGCAGAGUGUACUACUUCAACCACAUCACCAAUGCCAGCCAAUGGGAGCGGCCUUCUGGAGACGGAUCCGGCGACCCAGAUAAGGUGCGCUGCUCUCACCUCCUGGUCAAACACAACCAGUCCCGGCGGCCAUCCUCCUGGAGAGAACAGACCAUCACGCGGUCCAAAGACGAGGCCGUGGAGCUCAUUCAGAAAUACAUAGAACAGAUCAAGUCCGGAGAGGAGACGUUCGAGACCCUGGCCUCUCAGUUCAGCGACUGCAGCUCAGCCCAUAACAAAGGAGACCUGGGGCUGUUCGGCAGAGGUCAGAUGCAGAAGCCUUUCGAAGACGCCUCAUUCGCGCUCAAAGUGGGGGACAUGAGCGGCCCCGUGUUCACCGACUCCGGGGUCCACAUCAUCCUGCGCACGGGGUAAAACCUUCGUCCCUCCUCUUCCUCCUCUUCCUCUUCCUCCAAACGCCCCCAAACACAGAGCCACAGCUGCUACUAUCGCUACGGAAGCCACACUGCAAAACGACGACAAAUCUGUAGCUGCCACGGACCUGCGGAGGCUGAGGCUGCACCCGAAGUCUUGCCCCCCAAAAUUUAAGUGACACGAGAUCAAAACGACGUAAAACUUGUAAUAUCGAUCAUUACUGGACUAGUGACAUUCAUUUACUGACUCCUAAAUUAGACCUUUUAUCAUGAUACUUCUGACUAAUGUUCAAAAUGUGUUAUUUUAAAGAUUCGCUAUGGAACUUUCUCCUGCUUAAGAUAAUAUUGCUUUUCCUGUAAUGUUCCACAGUAUGGCAUUAAGCCUAUCUUAUCUUCAUCUGCGUUUAUUCAACUGCAGGUGUAAAAAGUGCAUACCGUUUUUUCUGGACCAUAAGUCGCUCUGGAGUAUAAGUCGCUCCAGCCAAAAAAAUUGUAAUGAAGAAGAAAAAACAUAAGUCUCACUGGACUAUAAGACGCACUUUUUGGGGAAAUGUAUUUUAUAAAAUCAGAGACCAGGAACCGACAUUUCAUCUUGAAAGUCAAGUUCUAGUAAUAAUAAUAGAGCAGAGAAGAACAGGCUGAACAGGUGUUAAUAUGUUAACGUCACAUAUGAACAGUUCUUCAGAUAAUUACAGCAUAAACAACAGAACAAGUUUACCAAACUCUCCAUCUCACUCAAAAUCACAAAAUCUAUUGAAUUCUUCAUCGUCGGUGUCACUUCUGCACGACCUCCGGAGAUAAACUAUAGAUCCAUGAGGUAAACAGAGCGCCACUUCCUCUUCUGUGUCGCUGUCGUCAGACUCAGCAUUAGUUCCAGUUAGAAUUAUUCGGGCCUUUCUGAAUCCCGACAGGAUGGUUUCAGUGUCACUGAAGUCCAGACUUUGUCGAUUCAUCGAGUGACUUCCGGUUCCCGUGAAGUUGUGUUCUCUAUCCCCGCUUUCCAUCAGUCCCUCACAAGGUUCUCACUCACUCCAAACUUUCUUUCUGCUGCUCAGUUACCGUUUUCAGCUGCAGAUUUCACUAUUUGCAGCAAGACAACAGUUUUUUCUACAGUAGGCAUGUGCAGUAGAGUGUGAAGUGACAGUGUUACAGGAGUACCAUAUUUUCAGAACUAUUAGACACACUCUUCAAGCCUCUAACCGCAUCAAAAAACGACUGCGCACCCCGCAAUCCAGAGAGCCCUGUACACGUCCCAGCACGACUUCAGUAAACUACAAAGCCGCACCACCCGCAGAACACACACACACUGAGCAGACAGCGACCGCACAGCGAAACACACCCACAGCCACAGGAACGAGGAACGAACCAAAAAAGCGAGUGCAAUGUACCACUUCUAGACACAACUGAGUCACUGCGAACACACCAACAAUCCAGCGAUCCCAGACAGCACCUCCCUACACGCCACAACUGAACAAAGCCCAGAGUCACCGUGAACACCACAAACAAACAAAACCACUCACCCAUCCAACUGUUGUGUUUCCUUUAAAGUCCAGUGCGGUUUAUUUGUGAAAAAAAGUUUGAAAAUAGACCAUUCUAUGACGCCUUAUAAUCCAGAGCGCCUAAUAGCCCGGAAAAUAGGUUAAUAGUAAUACUCAAUAUUGACAUACAAGACUAGAGCCUGUCGCUGCCGUCAGUCUGAAAAUUUUAAUAUAGAAGUCGCACCGGAGUAUAAGUCGCAGGAAACAUCACCUGUUUGGUCUCUAUGCAGAUAUUUCUGUUUAAUGCCAUACUGUGGAAAAAUGCAUAGCGCACCUUUAAAUGUGCUUAUACUAUUAGACCUAAAUUACUCUUAAAAAUACUUACUUACUUAAACUUUUUAUCAAGUUAAGUGUGACCAUUUUUAUCACCUUCUGGAUUCAAAAUUAGGUAUAUGAGGUAUAUGCUCUGGUGGGAAUUGAACCAGCAACCACCCCCAGUUUCCGGGUGACGCUUAACCCACUACUUCACAGCGGCCUGUUCACUCCACUAGCAGAUAAUCUCGUGUAAAUUAAGGAAUAAAAACAAAUGACUUCAAACCAGUAACAAAAAUGGAUCAAAUAAGUCUAUAAAAAUAAGUAAAAACGACGAAGUAAAAGGAGUAUGAGUAUAUUCUAAGUUUCUCGCAGUGCGCCCUGAGCUUUUUUUUAGCAUGCAUGUCUCUUGAGGACCAUAACUGACAACAUUCAUAAGGCUGCAAAUGCUAAAAAUGACAAGUUGUAAUUGUACAUCUCCUGUUAUGUUGGCAUAUUAAGCGUCGGCCCUGUAUGUACUUCCAUUGAGCAACGCAUGGGUCUCGAAACUGUAUCCAACUAAUGUCACUCACGCUCUUCCUUCAAAUAAAGUUUUUUUUAUAUAAAACUUCUCUUUCUUUGUGUCUGAAAAAUAACAUGUCUGCAUAUUAGUAUUUUAACUACAUCAUCGAUUUCAAAAGUAUAAAAAAACAGACACUAAGCGAUACUGUGACUAGUAUCGAAACUAGAUAUUUGAGGAGGUGUACAGCGUGGUAUCGGAAUCGGUAUUGAGUAUCGAGUCUAUUCCCAAGUAUUGAAAUGGAGUUUGAAAUUUUAGAUCGGGAUAACGCUGCUUCAGAUCAUUAUAGGAAAAAGUUAUUGUGUUGAAUUGUGUAUGAAGGGCUACAGACCAGUUAAAGAUGAAUUAUGCAACACCUGCAUGUGAAUAAAUGCAGGAUAGAUACAUGUAAUGCCAUACAGUACUGUGGAACAUUCUAGGCAAAUAGAGCCAUACUGCAACCUCAAAAAUAUAUAUGUUAUUAGUAUUUGUAUGGUAAUGAAUGCACAUCACAUAUUUUCUGGAAUUUAAGACAAACAACAAAAACAGGUCAAUGUCUGAGAGUAAACGUGGACCGAGCCACAACCAAACCAGGACCAAACCAGAACUAAACAGGUGUAGUCAGUGUGUGUCAGGAGACACAUUUUAAUUUAAUGACAGGGUGUCAUGUUUAGCAGCCAAAAUACUUAAAAAAUAAAAGAGAAACAGAACGCAACUUACAGUAAGAGGUGUGAGCUUUUACCUGAAAUCACUCCCUCACACUAACACACCAUUUCCUCUUUGCACUGGUAUUUUAUGUGUGUGGGAAAACCAGGUCAAGUAACUCAGCCCUGACCAUAGACUGUACAUAGAAAUGGACACAGAUAAACCACCAACCACCACGUUCUAAGUAGGCAUGCUUAUGACUCUAAUUCAGUCAGUUCAGUUUGACAAAGAAUUGUUCUUUUUAGCGCUGCACAAUGUGAGCUGUGAUAUUUGUUCAUUUGUUUUGUACUGGUCAAAUAAAGAAUAUAAAAUCA